GUCGCGUAAUUAACGACAUUUGAUGAUUGAAAUUCCAUUCCAACGUCAAAAAAUUCGUCGCCCGGAUUUCAGCUGGUCGUUUUACCUUCCUGUUAACAAUUUGCUCCUAACUUGGUCGUUAAGAAUCAGGCUCCAAGAUAUCUUCGUCUAAGUAUGCUGGAGUAGGGACAUUUCCUCGUUCAGGCAGCAUGUGUUGGAAUUAUUUGCCUGUGGGGGCGUAAAAGCACUAUCUUCAUCAUCGCCGAGGCUUGAUCGAACAUGGACUGGUAUGUUCCAGCUGUCAUUUUCCUGGUGUUCAUCGUGAUCAUUUUAAUCGGCCUUUUGGCCACAUACUAUUGCCUGAACAAAGAAAUGUGCCCCUGUUCCAAGAUGGAACCUCCCCAGAAAAUCAAGGGCGCUGGAUAUGAGGAACUAGGAGAGGAACCAGCGGACACUUCUGAAGAGGAAGAAAGCCACGAGGAAGAAAGAGAUGGAGUCGUUCCCGGAGAGGAUUCCCCAGAGAAGUUGCCAACGUUUGAAAUGGAUGCCGGCAGGGACGAUACGCAAAAGACUGUCUCUGCAUACGGAGACAUCCAAGUAGAUACAGGACUGAAAGAGGUCGAUCAGGUCCCAGUUUUUGGAAGCGUUCAUUUUCAAGUUGAAUACUCAGUGAAUGUAGGGCGUGUAGCCAUCACGAUCUUGGAGGCUAGAGAACUUCCUUCUAAGAGUCGAGGAGGCAGCUCACAUUGUCGCUUUCACCUUCUAUUACUCCCCUCAAGACGACAACGCUUUAAGAGCAAGUCACGACCAACGAGGCAUCCAAAAUUCGACGAAAAAUUUGUAUUUGAUCGAGUUUUACAGCAGGACUUAUUUAGAAUGGCCAUAAGAAUCAGGCUUUAUGGACACGACAAACUCGGAAAGGAAAAAGUGAUUGGAGAACACAUAUUGCAGCUGGCGGACGUGGCUCAGUCACGUGACAUGAAAAUGGACGCAUGGAGAGAUUUGCGACCUAAACUAUCAGGCAGUGACACGCCCUAAUCUUUUAGCCUCAUCUAAUUUGUUAAUAGUGGUAAAAACGAACAGUAGUAUAAGUAUGGAUAAUUGUUCAAUUGAUUCUUAGUCAGUUUUCUGCCUGAUCUGCGCUAAUACUGCACCUAACAGGAUUCCAAGAAAAAAGACUACUCCUUACAAAAAACGCAGAAAAAACGUCCAGUCGAUUUUCUGCGAAAACUAUGAUGUUCGGAGAUGUGCUGAAUGUUGGGUGAUGGUUAUAUUGUGUCGCUGUUUGGCUGACAUUUAUAUAUUACACUUUGUUUUUGCAAUAAAGUGCAAAUAUUUUUGUAAGAAAA